CAUAGCUGUUCUAUGUAGGAAGCUUUGAUAUGUAUACCAGAUAGAUUACUACUUUGUAAGUUUUAGAAGUAGUGGAUUACCCUUUUGCUGUCCAUCUUUUUUGUCAUAUAAGUACAGUUACACAAUAGCAUAGACUCAAGUCAAAUCUAUUAUUAAUUAGCCAAAUACACACUACCGAAUAUAAAUGAUGACUGGAGCCCCAGAGAAACGUUCCAGCGACUUCGCGUCCGAAAAUGGAGUCAAGAAGCAACGUACAACCGAUGAUGUGAACGUGGUUAGCCUGAAACCCCUGAUUGCACCUGAUUUGCUAGAAGACGAGAUCCCCAUGGAUGAUAGUAUGAGAGAUACAGUUAAUGCAGCUCGUGAGAGCAUCAAGCGUGUGCUGGAUGGUGCUGAUGAUAAGCUGGUUGUGAUUGUUGGCCCAUGCUCUAUCCAUGAUCCCGAAGGAGCUAUGGAAUACGCUCGAAGCCUGAAGACACUACAAGAAAAGUACUCCGAUGAGCUUGUGGUCAUCAUGCGUGUGUACUUUGAGAAGCCUCGAACCACCGUAGGCUGGAAGGGUUUGAUCAACGAUCCAGAUCUGGACGGUACCUUCAAUAUCAAUAAGGGUAUCCGUGUCGCGAGGAAGUUGCUUUGUGACAUCACAUCUCUCGGUUUGGGUGUUGGUGUCGAGUACCUCGAUACCAUCUCACCACAGUUCAUCUCAGAUCUGGUCGCAUGGGGAGCCAUAGGCGCGCGUACCACUGAAAGUCAAUGUCACCGCGAACUUUCUUCCGGAGUCUCGUGCCCUAUUGGCUUCAAGAAUGGAACAGGGGGUGAUAUUAAAGUAGCCGCAGAUGCCAUCAUGUCCGCCUCGAACCCCCACCGUUUCCUGGGUAUCACCAAACAAGGCUUGGCUGCGAUCGUAGAGUCAAAGGGAAACAAAUACUGCCACUUGAUUCUUCGUGGAGGAUCUGACGGACCCAAUUACAGUGAGUCACAGGUGCAGAGUGCAGUAGCGAUGUGUGAGAAGAACAAAGUCAGCGCGAAAAUCAUCGUGGACUGUUCUCAUGGAAACUCUCUCAAGCUGCACACCAAUCAACCCAAAGUUAGUGCCGAGAUUGCCAGACAAGUGGCUGCGGGAAGUACUAAUGUAGUAGGAGUUAUGAUCGAGAGCAAUAUCAACGAGGGCAAACAAAACGUAGGAACGGAUGGCCUACAGGCACUGAAGUAUGGAGUGAGUGUGACUGAUGCGUGCGUAUCUUUGGAGCAGACUGAACCCAUGUUAGAAGAAUUGGCACAGAGUGUGCGAAUUAGACGAAAGUAGAUUAUAGCUACACGCACAACAAGGGCGGUGAUAGUGCUAUAACCUGUACUGCGUCUCAACAAAUGUAGUACUCAUCUUAAAAUAAAGCGAAAUUGAGCGUGUUCUGCAGAUAUGGGAAUCGCCUUGGAAACCGUAAUGUUAUGCUGUCAAAGCUCUUCGAAGAAUCAAUUUUUUUGUGCGCUGAUACAAUCAGCAUGUUACUAUUGAUUUGCACUCUCAUUUGAUACCUAAAUUCUUGUUCUGGAUAUAUCCCUUAGGGAUGUCUAAUUUUUCCCUUAUUCCUUGUGCUUCACUAAUCGCUAUCAUCAGAGCACACAACGCAUUAUGGCGAUGAGUACUAUGAGUGAGUACGCUUUUCUUUCUGCUAAUAUGUCGUCUGGCCCGUUUGAACCACUUACAAUUAGAUAGUCAUGAUAGCUAAAGGUCGAUCCUCCUGAGGAGUGUUCCAACAGUACAGUGCCUCUGCAAAAAAGCAAUCGAUAUGUGAUAUUGUAAAACAUCACCAAUUCCUUGUUUUAGCUUGUAGCCCCAUAACCAUUCUCGUAUGCUACCACGGUCUCCAUAUUGAGGCGCCAGUUUCAGUUUCACCUGCAGUCAGCCUGCGCGAAGGUGUCGAGUUCUGGUCCGACAUCCGUGUGUCCUCACGCCCUGAUGAUCGAGUAUAUACUGACAAGGAGUUCUGCGUGUAUUGUUCACUGUAAAACCUCGAUAUAUCUGAAAUUAUUCCAUUUCGCGUGUUCAAUAAGACGUUGUCACUAUGAUCCUCUUCAAUGGCCCUCGAGUUAUUCCUCUCUAUUUCGAGGUGGUCAUCGCUGUGACGAUGGCCACCAAAGUUGUCGCUGGUCUCAUCCGAGUGCCGUUUGGGGCUCAGAGAACAGUGCGACCGAAACCCGGUUUGUGGAGGUAUAUACCUAUGGUUAAUUGAUGGGACGCUCUGAGUGGACCGUAUACUUGCAGUGGGCUUAUGCGUUCGACUCCCCAAUGGAGUAUGCCUUAAUACGCUCAAACUAGAGACUGGUUGUAUAUCUUUCGAUUGAUUCCUUAGCUUUUUAAGACCUCUCUUGGACUCUCUGACACAGCGUACAUAUGGUGUGACAAGACCCUUGUGUUGUGAGCAGUUGUAUUUCGUAUGCUGGCAAGACAUCGUUUCCCUCACAUGCACCAACCAGAUGUGUCGCUCGAUGUUGAUUUUCUUGGAUGGGUUCGUUUGGCAAUCUUUGUAUCCGCAUACAUAUAACGGCGGUAGCGUAUCCAUUGUUUUGCAAUUACAGCAACCCGGUGGAUAUCAG